AUGAUAUUUGAAAUCAUAGGCAUAGGUGAGAACAAUAUGGAAAGUGAUUCUCAAGAUCCUGAAGCCGUGGGUCUGCAUGACUUGUCCCUUCACAUGCUCCAGCAAAUUGCAGAUGGGGUGGAUGUUGUGGUGAACCAGCUUAUAGCGCUGGUUCUGGGCCUGGCAAGCUGCAGGAUAUUUGCAGGAUUGUUCAGCCCAACUCUUGUCCUCACCACCAGGUUCACUCAAAAAGGAAAAGCUACUCUGGAAUGGGAAGGGGGAAACACCUGGAGCCUAAAGCUGCAGUCAAAAGAGGUGCUGAUCCAGGAUGGUCAUUUAACAUACAACACAGUGUCCAAAUCAAACAGAGUCUGGAUGGUGCUCAAUCCCAUCCUGCCGUUGGCAUCCCAGGCAAGGGUUCCCCGUCAGAGGCCACAAAUUCUUGGGAAAAUGGUCCCUCAGACACCUCUUAGGUGGUCGAACAUUCCUGUGUUCACUCCCGUGACUGUAUCAAGCCCCUGGGACCUCCUGAAAGCCACUUGGGUUUGUCAGAUGUUAGAGUUAGCCUUCGGUUCUUCAUUUGGAGAUGCUGCUGCUAAUGCAGAAUACAGACGUGUGAGUGCUAUGAUUUAUGAAAAGUGUCUUAUGUCCUCGAAGAGAAACUUCCCUGUGAUCUGGUGUAACUACUGCCAAGAAGAAACUACAGUAUUUAAGCUUCCUUGUUCUGCUCCAAACGCCAAGGCAGAAAGGGAGGGGCUAACCGCUCUGGAGCAGCGAGCUGGCCGGCCGGCGAAAGCGCUGGCGCAGGGCCUGUGGGCGGCGCACGGCGGACCUGCGGCGGCCUCGGCGCUGCCCGGGCCGGGCCUGGUGGCGCUAGGGCAGGCGGGCGAGUGGGCGGUCCAGCCCGGGCAGAUUGUUUCUGUGAAUCCAAACUUCCAAUACAGACGUCCUCAAAAUAUUUCUGAUGAAUUCAUUUAUUUCCGUCCUAUUAAUGAGGAAAUUCAGGAAAGGGACAGAAAACAAAAUGAACAGAUUCCAACUUUGGCCUCCCAGCAACCCAAUCGUGAAGGUAUCCAUCAGAGGGACUUGGGGCUUACAAGUCAGGUGGUAAAAGCUACCACCCCACCACUAACUGAGGAGUUAGAAAGCAUUGCCCUUGUAAGACCAAAAACUUCAGGUCUUCUUCGCAUAGAGUUAGUACCAAUUUUUCCAAGGUUCCUAGAAUUUCAUCGCUUAGACGUUACAGGAAUUGCCAGUCCCAAUGAAAGGGGGAAAGGCACCGCAAUACUUGUUGCAGGUGUGCCUGGAAAGGAGGAGCUAGAUGAUACAGAAAUUCCAACUUUGCACUUCACUGGGUUUGUACACCUGGAGGUUUUACUAAAUAAAUGUUCACCAUCCUCAGAAUACAGUCGCCCAGGAACCCCAAGAAAUCUGUGGAUGGAAUCUCCAGAAAAUGCAGAGUCCCCAGGAAGUGAUGAUAUGGAAGUAGCAAGAAGCAUGUAUCCUUUUAGAGAAAGAUUCAUCUAUCGGCGUUCCUGGGCAGAGCUCUUAGAGGCACCACUAAACAAUGAGGGGCUCCAUAUUCUCCAAACUAUUCCCAAGGAAGAAAACCGAAAUACGGGUUGCAACAAACUAACAUCAGAAGAAGAGAAUCAAGUAACCAUCCAUACUAAGGAUCAACAUUUCCAAGCUUUGCAAGGCCCUUUCCCCUUGUUGCCAGAGCGUCCUAAGCUCCAGCGGCAGCGCAGUCAAAGCUUACCAAGAUACAGUGAAGCCAGAGGCCAGUAUUUAAAUGUACCUGAAUUCAAAUUAAAUGAAGAAGAAACUCACUUCUUCCCAAUUGACCAUAAUUUAAUAACAGAAGAAAAUAUCAAGGAAAUAUACAACAUGGAGGGAGACUGGCAAAGAGAAAUUUCAUCACAUUCUGAAGAACAUCUUCCCAUCAAGCCGAGAAUUGAAAAUUCUGCAAUUGGAGAAAACAUUGGAAUUCCUGAGGAUACUUCUGCAUGUUCCAGAGGCAAUGUUACAAUCCCCAAGAAUGAUGUCAAUACUAUCCCCAUGGUUAAUGUUAGAAUGCCCUUAGAUAAUCUUCAAGUUCUUAGAGGCAAUGCUGGAGUUCCCAGGAGCAGUGCUUUUGGUGUUUACAUGGGUAAUAGUGAUAGAACCUCCAGACAUAUGGUAUGUUCUCCACUCACUGAGCUCUCAAAGAUAGGUGAACACCAGUUAUAA